AUGUGGGGGGUGGAGUGCUUUCCCGACCUGCGCUCCCUGCCCUCGGUGCCGGACCACCUGGUGGUGAUGCGGGCGGCGGCCAGCGUCCCGGGCAUCCUGCGGGAGGCCGCGGCCAUGGGCACCCGUAGCGCCACCCUGUACGCCACCGGUUUCUCCGAAGCCGGUACCGACGCGGGCCGCGCGCUCGAGGCGGAGUUGCGCAAGGCCAUCGAGGACACCGGCCUCGCCAUUUCCGGGCCCAACUGUCUCGGCAACCUGUCGGCCCGGGCCCGCCUGCUGACCCUGCCGGACGACCGUGUGCUGGAACUCGUCCCCGGCCCCGUGGCCAUGGUGGGCCAGAGCGGCACCACCACGCCCAGCAUCGCGCGGACGCUCAUGGACCGGGGCAUCGACGUCAGCUACGUGAUCACCAGCGGCAACGAGGUCGGGCUCAUCACCGCGGACUACAUCCGAUAUUUCGUCACCGAUCCCGCGGUCCGGCUGAUCUUCUGUCUGGUGGAGGCGGUGCGCCGGUCCGAAGACUUUCUCGCCGCCUGCCGCACCGCCCGUGACGCGGGCAAACCGGUGGUGGUGCUCAAGAUGGGCGUGUCCGAAGGCGGACGCCGCGCCGCCCUGUCCCACACCGGCUCCCUGGCCGGCCGGGUGGAAGCCUUCGAUGCCGUCGCCGGGCCCGCCGGGGUGAUCCGCGUGCAGAGCGCCGACGGCGCCGUGGACGUCAUCGAGAUGCUGCUGCACGCGAGCGAGCCCCGGGGCGAGCGCGUGGGCGGGCUGGUCUACUCGGGCGGAGUACGCGGCCUGGCCGAGGACGCCGCCGACCGGCACCGGGUGCCGCUGCCGGAGUUCGCGCCGGAGACCCGCGCGCGGAUCCGUGAGCUCCUGGGGGAGGGUCAGCCAUCAGCAAUCCGCUGGACGCCAACGGCUAUCUCAACCGCCCGCUGGAAGACGUGCUGA